UCACCCAGAAGUAUCUCAACACAGUGCCAUUCUGCCUGCAAACAUAUUAACGAUGAAGUCUCUAUCACUUCUCUCAGUAACCAUCUUACUGGUUGCAGUCUUUAACCGCGUUCAAAGCAAACAAUUCAACAAAUGUUCACUAGCCACGGAGCUAUCUCGUCUUGGUGUACCAAAGUCGGAAUUGCCGGAUUGGGUGUGUUUAGUGCAGCACGAAAGUAACUUCAAGACGAAUUGGAUCAACAAGAAAAACACCAAUGGCAGCUGGGAUUUCGGCCUAUUCCAGAUCAACGAUAAGUGGUGGUGUCAAGGACACAUCAGGAGUCAUAACACUUGUAAUGUUAAAUGUGAAGAACUGGUGACCGAGGACAUAGAGAAGGCUCUGGAAUGUGCGAAAGUGAUCAAAAGGGAGCGGGGAUACAAGGCUUGGUACGGGUGGUUGAAUAAUUGCCAAAACAAGAAACCAUCAAUAGACGAAUGUUUUUAAGAAUUCUCUGUAAACCCUCUUAGGUUCCUAGUAAUCUUUUUAGUAAAUUAAAAGAUAAAAUCAAACUUA